GACUCGUUGUUCAAGAAUCUGGCUCGUUCCAGCACAUUUUGCGUCUCCUCAACACCAACGUUGACGGAAGAAUCAAGGUUAUGUACGCCCUGACCACCAUCAGAGGUGUCGGUAGAAGAUACGCCAACUUGGUCUGCAAGAAAGCCGAUGUUGAUCUUUCCAAGAGAGCUGGUGAGCUGACCCAAGAAGAAUUGGAGAGAAUCGUCACCAUCAUGCAAAACCCAACCCAAUACAAGAUUCCAGCUUGGUUCUUGAACAGACAGGCCGACGUUGUUGACGGAAAGGACUACCACGUUCUUGCCAACAACUUGGAGAGCAAGUUGAGAGAAGACUUGGAGAGAUUGAAGAGAAUGAGAGCUCACCGUGGUUUGAGACACUCGUGGAGACUCAGAGUUAGAGGUCAACACACCAAGACCACUGGUAGAAGAGGUAAGAUUGCUGGACCUUGAGCGGCGAGCAGGCAAGUGAGUGCAGCUAGCAUAAAUAUGUGAUAAUAUAGUGGAAACUAUG